UACUAUUCUACUCCUAUAGAACGAAAAAGCUGCGCCGAACUGCUUCGAGACGGUUGGAACUCCAAAGGCGUAUAUACCAUCCAUCCAGAUGGUGGCAAUUCAAUCCAAGUGUUGUGUGACAUGACAACGGAAAGUGGAAGUUGGACCGUUUUUCAGAGACGUUUGGACGGCUCUGUUGACUUCUAUCGUGGAUGGGAAUCCUACAAAAACGGCUUUGGAAAUCUGAGUGGUGAGUUCUGGCUUGGAAACGACAAUACACACCAUUUGACAGACUCUGAUGACGUCAUACUGAGAGUUGACUCGGAAGACUUAGAAGGGAACAUCACUUACGCUGAGUACACGACAUUUAAGGUGGCAAAUGAAUAAAGGGGUAAGUUUCUAAAGAAACUGUGGUACUGCGUCGGUGGGAGAGUAUAGCAGGUAAUUUAGUGUUAACAACUGGGUUGAAAACGUAAAUUAGCCACCGUAAAGGGUAAAAAAGCUGACGUUUCGAGCGUUAGCCCUUCGUCAGAGCGAGAGCCAAUCGCUCUGACGAAGGGCUAACGCUCGAAACGUCAGCUUUUUUACCCUUUACGGUGGCUAAUUUACGUUUUCAACCCAGUUGUUAACACUAAAUUACCAUUUAAGGUGGCAGACGAGGCUUACAAGUAUCAGCUUCUGAUUAGAGAUUACAGAGGUACCGCUGGUGACUGCAUGGCUGGGAGACAUUCCUUAAGGUAAAUGAGAUCGUAACCACAAAGAGAAACUAGAUAUGAUCCAAAAUCCUAUGUGUAUACAGAAUUGAUAAACUAAUUGACUAAUUGUUUAAGAGGUGGGAUGAUUACCGGUAAUUGAAACGAUUUUGGACUUAGUAAUUAAGAGGCUGACUAAAUAAAUUUUUGACUGACUGAUGAUGGAUUGACAGACUGAUUGACUGAUGAUUUCCUGUUUUAUUGAUUGAUUAUUUGACUGAGUGAUAAACUUAUUUUCUAAUUGACUAAAUGACUGAUUGAUUGCCUAAUUGUUUGAACGAUUCAUUAUAGCAAGAUGUUGUUUACGACGAAAGAUGUGGACAACGACUUGAGCGUUGACAACUGUGCACUGUUGUACAAAGGAGCUUGGUGGUACAGGUAUUGUCAUAAUUCUAACCUCAGUGGAUUAUAUCAUGGAGGAUCAUUCAGUGAUUCGUAUGCAGAUGGUGUCUCUCGGAAUUCUUUCAGAGGAAAUUCAUACUCACUGAAACGUACCGAGAUGAAAAUGAAGCCUUCAAAUUGAAAAUAACUAAAUAGUGCUAAAAGCUGUGCCUCACAGUUUCAUGGUGGAGUACCAUCACAGACGUAGAGCAUUUUUAAUUAAAGCUAACAGUAGUUAAUGUUAAGAGUAGUAGGUCCGGAAUAUAUCUGGUAUAGUCAAUUUGGCAAAUUUAGGGCCCUCAAUGUGAAAAAGCUAGCUAGUUUUUAGAUUUGCCACACCUCUCUGACUUAGAGGGCUUUAUUAACUUCAACUUUUUUGUUGAAAAGGAAUGGCUUGCAUUUGUGUUUAGUCGUAAUAAUUUAUUCCAAAAUAUGAACUUUAAGAAAAUGACAUCCUAUGUAAGGUAUGUUUAGAGACUGAAACUUUGGUUAGGAGCAGUAAUGCAUGUUGAUUUAAACUUUGAUAAAAUUCGACUCGUUUUGAAAUUUCUAACUAAAUCACUCAGGAGGCAAAAUGUAUUUCAAGACUACUAUUUCAAUAACGCUUUAGUAGGAUUCUCCCUGCAGCUUGUAGUGGAAGCAUAAGGACGAGAAGUCCAAUGGCCGUAACAUCAUUGUAGCUAACAUCAUUUGGCGCUCCGGUCACGCAAUACGUUCGUCUCUUCUUCUCGAUUUAUCCUUUCUCCACUAUAGUUGCCGACGUGUCUUCAUAAUUUCUACGUCACAACUUUGUAACAUGAUCGUUCUGACCGCGAGCUUCAUGGAGACACUUUUUGGCCGCCAAGUCAGGUAGCCCCCUACUCAACAAACGAUAGAGUCUCAUUAACUUACUGUUUUAAUUUUGGAAAUUUCCUUUACACCUGCCGGCCUAGUUAAGCGAUAGAAAUGAGGUAAACGUUUAUUUUUCUUCAUCAUAAGCUUUCUGACGGUGAAGACUACACAGGCAUCUCUGUUUAAUUUUCUUUUCUUUUUUUAUUCUUCGUGUAACCGUUAGAAUAAUAAAAAAGGCUAAAAAUGUUGGAAAGGUCGUUUCGCAACCUCAGCGGGGUUGAAAAAUUUAUGUUUGAUAAAACAAGAGCCAAUAAUUUGUUGGGGAAAACGAAAGAAAUGACAAGUGGGCAAAGAAAGCUAAAGAAAGGAAAACUAUAUCUUUUAUUAUUUUGGACCGGGUGUUCUCGAAGGUUCUAUCCAGGGUGACUAUUUUGAGCCUAUGAUGAAGAUUCUCAUUUCUCAAACGUUUUGUUGUGCGGUGCAAGACGCGAUGUAAACAAACCAUGUAAUUGAAGACUCUUGACGAAAUCGGGCGAAAACACACUACAGGAGGCCUCUGGGCUAUGAAAAUAAUGUGACACCUUUCCAAAAUCUUUUGAGAAUAUAUUUAAAUAUCGAUAUUUAUCUGUCCCAAGAGUGCCGGAAGCGAUGUAAACAAACUAUGCAAUUGAAGAUCUUACAUUAACGCUGGCGAUAACACACUAUCAAUCAAUCAAUCAACUUUAUUUAGUGUCUAAAACUUCUAGUCAGCCCGGAGGCCCUUAAUAAAAAAGGCUGAAAAUGUAGUCUAUUCUGGCAUUAGGGAUUUGCUUGGAUUCUCCUUGCAGCUUGUAGUGGAAGCAUAAGGACGAGAAGUCUAAUGGCCGUAACAGCAUUGUAGCUAACAUCAUUUGGCGCUCCGGCCACGCAAUACUUUGGUCUUUUCUUCUCGAUUUAUCCUUUCUCCACCAUAGUUGCCGACGUGUCUUCACAAUUUCUACGUCACAACUUUGUAACAUGAUCGUUCUGACCGCGCGCUUCAUGGAGACACUUUUUGGCCGCCAAGUCAGGUAGCCCUUCACUCAACAAACGAACAAACGAUAGAGUCUCAUUAACUUACUGUUUUCAUUUUGGAAAUUUUCUUUGCACCUGCCAGCCUAGUUAAGCGAUAGAAAUUAGGUAAACGUUUAUUUCUCUUCAUCAUAAGCUUUCUGACGGUGGAGACUACACAUGCAUCUCUGUUUAAUAUUUUUUCUUUGUGCCGUUGUGUACGGCAUAAACCGUAUCUCAGAGCCAGAUUUGAAGGCUGUUAACUUCGCUGACAAGAUAAAGGGGAAAAAGCUGACAGGAAGCCUCCUUAGAGAGAUAGAGGUGGAUUCGGAAAGUUCCUGUCAGUUAGAGUGUUUAGGUAAAGAGCGAUGUCAGUCUUACAACUUUGGAACCAUAAUGACCCAUUCAAAGAAACUCAAGUGUCAAAUAAGCGGCUCUGAUCGAUUUGCUGGAUUUGCUAACUUUACUGAAGAUAACGAUUUUAUUUACAGAGGAAUAAAGGUAUUUGAGGUACUUUUUCGUAAUGUUACAGCAAUGGCCAUUGACUGGGUGAAAGACUCUUAUUAUCGUAAAUUGUAGGUGAAUUUAUUCAGAAUAUCUUCUAAAUUUACUGUCAGCCCUAUUAGAAUCGCAGAAAGGUCGUUUCGCAACCUGAGCGGGGUUGAAAAAUUUAUGUUUGAUAAAACGAGGUCCAAUAAUUUAUUGGGAAAAACAAAAGAAAGGAAAAGUGGGCAAAGCAAGCUAAAGAAAGGAAAAGUUAUUUUGGACCGGGCCUUCUUGAAGGUUCUAUCCAGGGUGACUACUUUGACCCUUUGAGGAAGAUUCUUAUUUCUCAAACGUUUUGCGAAAUGUUGUGCGGUGCAAGACACGAUGUAAACAAACCAUGUAAUUGAAGAUCCUUGAAACACACUACAGGCAGCCUAUGGGCUAUGAAAAUAAUGCGACACCUUUCCUGAAUAUUUUGAAAAAAUAUUUAAAUAUCGAUAUCCAUCUGUUCCAAAAUUGCCAGAAGCGAUGUGAACAAACGAUGCAAUUAAAGAUCUUAGACUAACAUAACACACUAUCAAUCAAUCAAUCAACUUUAUUUAGUGUCUAAAACUUCUAGUCAGCCCGAAGGCCGACUAAUCGGGGAUACUCCCUAUAAAAUUACAAAUAAGUUAAGUUAAGUUAAGUUAAAAUAAGCUAUCACUUGUUACAAUAUAUAUAUAUAUAUAUACAUAUCUAGAAUUCCAUUUAUAUUUUGAAAUACGGACUAAAAUAUAAUAAUUUCUACCUAUACAACUAUAUACAAACUUUAAUUAUGUCUAAAAUUCUAAACACACUUCGGACAAUUCCCUGUACAGACGUAAUUUGAAACUAGGUUCGCGAGGUCUUUUCUGCGGAUGUUUGAGACGAAUGAUGCUAGAGUUACUAAAUUGCCUGUCGCUAUGUCCAAGUUUUGACCACAAAUAUGGUCCAAGAUAUCUUAGGGAAUGUCUGAGGCUUUUGGGAUAUAACAUGGCGCCCGUCGCUAAAUUUAUUCUAACUAAACAAUGUCACCCUUAACCGUCUGGAUAAAUAUCGGUAUCCAUCUGUCCAUAGAGUAUUCAUGCUUUUAUUUCUCUGCCCUACCACUCACGAAAGUUACUCAGAAUCUGUGUUUUAAUGCAUCUCUGCAUAAGGACUAUGCGGAAGUCCCAAUAGAAAGUUGCAUGUUGUUGUCCAUGAUCGAUGACACAAUUGAUGCGUUAAAUAACAUACCUUGGUCUUAUUUUUAACAUCAAUCUUGCCCGAGAACGUUUUUGCGUUCUUUUACCCGGCUUAAACCAUUUGAAACGUCUCAUCGACGAAAAAUUUCGAUUCCUUAAAUCUCUUCUUUAAAAAAUCACUCGAAGAAAGUUUAAGAAGCACUUGAGAAACACAUACUCUUUAAAAACCCUUUUUAUUUGAAAUAUAGAAUAAUUCAUGUAAAUGGAAUUUUUCUUUACAGAGUGCUUGUGAGGAGGACAGUUUUCAGUGUGGCGAGAAAGGAACCUGUAUUCCGAACUAUAAAGAUGGCAGCGUACGAUGCAAAUGUGACAAUGGCUAUACGGGAAAACCCUGCAGUAAGUUUAGAUGUCUUACUGUUUGAUUAUCUCUAAGAACUAUUUUAUAAUCCUCCUCAUUUUCUUCUCAACAGAAGCGAGAAGUUGCUCUCAGUUGUUUCAAGAUGGUCUCAAUUCCAGUGGUGUGUACACCAUCAAUCCAGAUGGCGGUAAACCAAUACAAGUAUUGUGUGAUAUGAAUACGGACAAUGGAGGUUGGGCCGUUUUUCAGAGACGUUUAGACGGCUCCGUUGACUUCUAUCGUGGAUGGGAAUCCUACAAAAACGGCUUUGGAAAUCUGAAUGGUGAGUUCUGGCUUGGAAACGACAAUAUACACCGUUUGACAGACUCUGAUGACGUCAUGCUGAGAGUUGACUUGCAAGAAUUUGAAGGGAACAUCACUUACGCUGAGUACACGACUUUUAAGGUGGCAGACGAGGCCGACAAGUACCGGCUUUUGAUUAGAGGAUACAAUGGUACUGCUGGUGACUCUAUGGCUGAGAGACAUUCCCUAAGGUAAAUGAAAUCGGAAUCACAAAGUGCAAAAAGAAUAUUAUCUAAAUUCGGUGUUUGCUUUCGAAUACUAGCUGACCCUAACCCUAUGGCUUUCGAUUGGAGGAUACAAUGGAAGGGCUGGUGACUCUAGUACUGCAAUGCUACAUCCAUUGCUGUAAGAAACCCUCAAUUACCAGUUUCCACUGACGAAGGGCGAACGUCACCUUUGUAAAUAUUUACGGUGGCCAAUUUACAUUAACAAAUCCGUUGAUAAAACCAAAAUUACCUCAAUUACUAGGUUUAUUAUGAAUUUGAUAUUGAAAUUUUAAGCAUGAUCCCCAAAGAGUGGAUGUCAUAAGAAAGGCUGGUGACUCAAUUAAAGUGCAUUCAAAGAACGGAGAUGAUCCAUUACCGGCUGAGGGGAAGCACGUUGUGAUUAAUGGUACUUCAUUAUUAUACUGACACCGAACGAAACUGAAAAUCUUACCAGGCUUUGAUUGGAUUUCAAACCUGAAGCCGGAUGUUCCAUUCGCACAAAAACGUUAAGUGGUGUUUAAAUACAUAUUCAAGUAUGUUAGAAACAAGCUUAAACCACCUUUUUUUCAUUUCAGCAAUAUGCAGUUUUCUACAAAAGAUCAAGACAAUGAUUAUCGUAAUGACCUACCCAGCUGCGCCCAAUCUUUUAAGGGAGCCUGGUGGUACAGAAGUUGCCAUAGGUCCAAUCUGAACGGAUUAUACCUCAAUGGUUCCCAUGCCACUUUUGCUGAUGGAGUCAAUUGGUACACCUUAAGGGGGUUUUAUUACUCACUGAAACGUACCGUGAUGAAAGUAAAAACGAAGGCAUAAGGUGAUGUCUGUGCAAGAGUGAACGAAAAGGAAACAAUUUGAACUUAAACCCCCGCUAAACCUACCUCAGCAAGUAAAUACGUAUUUAUGAUGACACCCGGCAUUAAAUUGAACUGAAUUUUUUUGAUGGCUUUUAAUACAAAUUAUACCGACGAAGCAACAAUUAAGUGUAGACGUAUGUAAAAGUUUUUAUGAGUUUAAUCAUAUAGGAGCCUUUGGACUACAACUUCGAUUAGCAGUUGAAAACUGCAACCAGGAUUCUACAUGCGCCAUUUGCAUUGAAAAUUUAUAUUGACUUGUAUUCGAGAGGAUUGCAAAACAUUAAUUAAAGUGAGAGCAAGUCCCCUAAUUUAUUGUUCGCUUAACAGUUAUAAUACUAAAAAACGGCUGAAAAUUUGGCUUAUAUUUUCAUUAGAGAAUUGUAACCAAAAUUCUCCAAAUAGCUUUAACUUGAUAAUUUCCAUUGAUUUGUGUUUCAUUCUUCGUAAGUAGUAGAAGCAUUAAAGACGAGAAAAGUCCGAAGUUCAAUGACCGUAAUCUCUGGUAUAUGGAGAUUUGUAAAGAGGAGCUGCCCUCCCAUCAGACCAAGCGAAUUUUCUGAGUUCCGUUCCCUUAUAUUUCCGUUCAGUUAAUCACUUCACAUUUGAUCACACAGCAAAUUACAGGGAAAUUCUACCGUCCCGGAAGAGAACGUAUCGUCGUAGUAGUGAAGAAACAGAAACUUUUGGACUGCCGGACCUGCCUGGCUCAGCUUUGCACCCUAUGCCCUCUUAGUAAUGUCUAGGAGUUUCACAACUAAUUGACAAAGCAGGUCCGAAGUCCAUUUGCCGCAGAUCUCUGGUACAUGGAAAUGAGUGACGGAUUUCUAACCUCCGGUUAGUCCGAGCCAAUCUUCUGCGUUUCGUUUCUGUUCUUCGCCGCAUAGGUUAUUAAAAUUCUUCGAUACUAUUAAUUAUAAGCCUUGAGAAAUUUCACUCAAAAAUGUAUCAAAAUGCCUCAAACAGGCAUGGAGUGAUGUUAUCUUUGUUGCCUGUGUUUUUGUUCUUCGCCCUUUUUUUGCAUAACAUCAAUAAUGGUUGUAAUCGCCAUUAAUUAUACAAUCUCACAAAAUAGAUAAGUAGAUAACACCAGCUCUGACCUCUAAGAAAAUUAUUGUUAUAAACUGGAUAUUCGAAUAAUAACACUUAACUUCGAAGCCGUUAACUUUGAUAGAGAUUAAAGAAAAAUUGGUCUGAAUGGAAGCGUUUGCAACGAAAUAGAAGAAGACUCAUAAAAUUCUUGUCGAAUGCAAAGCGUGGGAAAACGUGUUAAGAUGAAUGUCAUACAACUUUGACAGCAAUAGCAAGAAAAUGUCGAAAACGACAUUUGAGAAAAUUUGAUCAAUUUGAUAGGCUGAACAAUUUUAAUAAAGAUAAAUAAUUUCUUUCCAAGAGGUAAAGACAGAAUAUAAACUUACUUGUGUCGAGGAAUCAUCGAAAUGGUGAUAAAAGCGUUUUGUUGUAAAAAAAAAAAAAAAAAAAAAAAAAAAGCUGCGAUAUUCAUCAAAGUUUGUUUUACCUUUUACAUAAUCUUAAAAUUCGAGUUUAACUCAAAUGAAAAUAGAGUCUCUUAUUUGACGGGUAGAUCCUGGUAUGGAGGUAAACUUCUCCAUUGGGGCGGGGAGGCCAUCAAAAAUUAAUUAGCAGAAAUAUUAUUGGUAAUACAAAAGAAAAUUCAUCAAUAUCCUUAACUUUCUUUAAGUGUAAAUUGACCCGCCACUCAUAACUCAGACAAAAUUUGUCGGUAAUUCUUUACAAUAGAGCCAGCCUUUUGGCAAUAACAGAAUAAUCGUUGAACCUGUAUGGCUUCAAAGAAGGUUUCCCUUCAGUUACUUGCAGUUCGUCCUAGAUUCCAUGAAUUGUUUUCAGUUAUGUAUCAUGUUUCUUUUCGUGGUUUUAAAGAGGCUCUUGUGGAGUGACCUCUCAGAUGUAGGUAGGAGGAUUAUGAUUUUAUUUUUCCACACAAUUUCUUAUUCCUAUAGUUCCAGUUAAGUCCACCAUAAUUUUAUACUUUUUAUUCAUUGAAAGAUAAAUGCAGGUUUUAGAUUUUUAGUUCAAUUUAAAUAAUGGCAACUGUUUGCUAAACUAUACUGUUUUUCGCCAAUUAUUUUGAUCUAAACUAAUCUAAACUUUAAUGACAACAAUUACUUUUUAUCAAAAAUAAACAAGUUUCGAAAGCAAAGCCCAUGGCUCAAAUAAAAAAAUAUUUUUAUCUUUAUUUCAUCACCCUUUCUAGCCGGUGUUUGCCAAAUUAUGAUUGAAUGUGUGAUCUUUUGAUAACUUCACAAAGUCGGUGCACCAGUCUUUUUACAUUAAGCCUUCUUGUCUCGCAGUGGAGCUCGCUGUCAAGUCAUUGCGAAACUUUUUCAUUCAUAAAGACACCAUAAAAUAGUAUGGCUCAUAAAGUCGGUGCCCCAAAUGUUCCAAACUGAAAUGUAGGGUUUUAAUCGUUAUUGUCUUGCUGUUAACUAAAAUCGGAACGUUUCUUUUUAUGAAGAAUCCAUACAAGAAACCAGAAAUUGUUUGCAAUUCUAAAAAAUCAAUAAUUGAUAGUUGUACGGUGUUGUGAAAUUUAAAUAGUUCCAUGCAUAAAAAAGAAGUUUGAAGAGCCAGUUGCAAACAAGGCUCUCCUAAAUCACGCGAUCAGCACACCGAGAGCAAAGACAGCCGAGAUUUGUGAAAUACAAUGUUUCAUUGAAGUCAAGUGUGAAUCAUACAAGUUUGGUCCAAAUGAGGAUGGUGGUUACUUGUGUGAGCUGAGUGAUUCCGAUGGUGUUAGAGAUCCAGACGACUUGAGGGCACGGCAAGGCUCCCUUCACCGCGCAACAAAGGUAUCAUGGGUAGGGAAUGUAGUGAAAAGUAUAACAUGAAAAUAGAGAAAUUGCUUUUUGAUAGAGAUAAGUUUCUUGACUUUUGGACCACGAAAUGUUGGCUCAAAACUUCGCAAAGCUCGGAAAAACCUCUGGACAGCAAUGGAAAUUGCAUGUAUUGGCUAACGUUCUGAGUUUACAUCAAGAAAACUUCGCUAACUCUGUAUUUUGUCGUUGCCUGCUUCAAGUUGUAAAACUAAGUUACGACAGUGACUUAUGGUCAUAUUACAGUGCGUGGAGAGCCGAUUGGGUCAUGUUAGACGUUAUGUAAAUGUAGUAACUGUGAGUUCCUGCUAAAAUUUUUAUCCUGCCAAGAGGUUGCGUGUAGGAUGAUAUUUGCAAAAUUUUCCACAUUCAAUUAGAAACGUUAACCAAUCAACAACGAAAUAUUUCCAUCUUUUCUUUAUUUGAUACCUUUAUUCAUGUAAAGAUCUCUUUGUCUUCUGAACAUCUUGCGAAAAACCAAUACAAGCUGGUUCUUUUUGUUUAAUUUACGUAUAUUUUCUUUUGCAUUUCAUUAAAGAAUCCAUGCGGUACCGCUCAGUGUCCUCUAAACUCACGAUGUUAUUCAGAUUUUGAACACGAAACCUAUCUCUGCGUUUGUUCACCGGGAUUUACUGGAGACAAGUGCGAAACAGGUGAAUGAGUGUAAUAAGUUUGGCAUUGCCUACUACAUAAACCGGUGAUCGCUUCCUUCAUCGGUUUUCAAAGAGAGAGUUUUUGAAGAGUUUUAUAGCAUUUUAAAUUAAUGAGUAACACAUCGAAGUUAAAACACGAGGCACACUCCCGAUCAAACACGGGUUGUAGGGGGAACAUCAAAACAAAAUUUCAUUGAGUCAAACGAUCAGUAAUGCUGAAGGUAAGUUGACAUUUUGUAUAUUGGACGAGUGCACAGACGGGAACCAUGCCUGUCACGUGAACGCCAUAUGUAACAAUUCUGAAAGGUCAUACAGCUGUUCGUGUAAGGAUGGAUAUAAAGGCGAUGGGUUUCUAAAUGAAGGUGAAUAUUUUUCGAGUUUUGUUUCAGUUGGAAUACAAAUUAGUUUCUACUCCAGUAGGUAGAGUAUCUAUUUUAAUAAAGGCAACUGCAGUGGGAUAGAGGAUCCCCCGAGACUGUAUUCAGUAAUGCCACUCUUUCUAAAGAAAAGUUCAGCGAGACAUCUAGGAGCCAAACAGUUAAGCACUUACAACAUUUCCCUACAUUUUGAGCUGACUCGCUGUAUGUCUAUGGGUUCCUUGCCUAAGGAACCGAGAACCUCGGUUCCGUUUUUUUCGUUUACUCCUUUUUUCCUACUAUUCUAUUGUUAUAGAAAGCAAAAGCUGCGCCGAACUGCUUCGAGACGGUUGGAACUCCAGUGGCGUAUAUACCAUCAAUCCAGAUGGUGGCAAUUCAAUCCAAGUGUUGUGUGACAUGACAACGGAAAGUGGAGGUUGGACCGUUUUUCAGAGACGUUUGGACGGCUAUGUUGACUUCUAUCGUGGAUGGGAAUCCUACAAAAACGGCUUUGGAAAUCUGAGUGGCGAGUUCUGGCUUGGAAACGAAAAUAUACACCGUUUGACAUACUCUGAUGACGUCAUGCUGAGAGUUGACUUGGAAGACUUUGAAGGGAACAUCACUUACGCUGAGUACACUACUUUUAAGGUGGCAGACGAGGCUGACAAGUAUCAGCUUCUGAUUGGAGAUUACAGAGGUACCGCUGGUGACUGCAUGGCUGGGAGACAUUCCUUAAGGUAAAUGAGAUCGUAACCACAAAGAGCAACUAAAUAUAAUCCAAAAUUCCAUGUUUAUAGAGAAUUGAUAAACUAAUUGACUAAUGGGAUGAUUACAGGUAACUGAAACGAUUUUGGACUUAGUGAUUACGAGACUGACUAAAUAAAUUUUUGACUGACUGAUGAUGGAUUAGCAGAUUGAUUGAUUGAUUAUUUGACUGAGUGAUAAACUUAUUGUUUAAUUGACUAAAUGACUGACUGAUUGCCUAAUUGUUUGAACGAUUCAUUAUAGCAAGAUGUUGUUUACGACGAAAGAUGUGGACAACGACUUGAGCGUUGACAACUGUGCACUGUUGUACACAGGAGCUUGGCGGUACAGGUAUUGUCACCAUUCUAACCUCAACGGCUUAUAUCAUGGAGGAUCAUUCAGUGAUUCGUACGCAGAUGGUGUCUCUUGGAAUUCUUUCAGAGGAAAUUCAUACUCACUGAAACGUACCGAGAUGAAAAUGAAGCCUUCAAAUAGAAAAUAA